AUGGAGAACAGCGGGGGCGCACGCGAUAGGGCUCGAAUGGAGGGACGCACCCACGGCGAGGCGGCGCAAGAAGGAGAAGUGCAGAAACACGCGAUCGAGGAGAAUGAAGAUAGUGAUCGGGUGUACGCACCUAUUUGCACGUCUCUGUGUAGACGGUACACGGUGACGCUCGGAUGCUAUGGGUCCGGAUGGCUGAGGGAGGACGAGGAGGCUGCCAAAGACGGAAGCAGAGAGAGCUGGAGCGACCUGGGCGCAGCGCGGUUGGUUAUAGAAGGUGUUGCGUCGCCGUCGUUUGUCGCAGUAGAGAGAGGCGAGGAGGAGUCGCAGGCAGAGUCAGCAAGGGUCGGAGGACGGCAGGGCUCGCACGGCUCAGCGCCAGCGCCACCUCCCUUCCGAUCACAUCUCAGGUCGCCGACGCCAGAUUCGCAUCUCAUGUGCGACCUCCCCCCCCCCCAGCUGACGUCAUACACGCGACAGCCCAUUACUGUAUCGCACUUGAAGCGCCGGUCUGCCCGCCUCCUGCGACCUCCGAUGGCGACAGUCGUUCAAUCCUGGGCCUGCAUCCCUGUCCGAUUGGCGGCCUACCCGGGCGUCGUUCGUCACACGCCCGUUCUCUCGCACACUCUCCCGCCUUUUCGCGUCAACUCGCCUGCUUGGUCAGCCUCCUCGCAGAUGACGCAUAUCGCUGCCAAACGCCUCGCCCGCAUCCUCUCAUCGACGCAUCACCCAUGCCCGAUCCGUGCAACCCCCACUCAUCCCCCCACGGCGCAGUCGCGUGAUGCGCGAGCACAGCGAUGGCUCUGCGAGGAAGCCGUCUGCUGCGGAUCUCCUUUCACGAUGGUGGAUGCACCUCAUGCCGAGUCUGCGCUAUAUCACACGGCGAGACUCUGGUUUCGCGUGUGGGCAUUCGGGUGGACGCAGGGCAUGCUGGCCGACGACUUGCAACACUUCUGUCUUUUACCCAUCGGUCAUAUCCUCCUAACAGAGCUGUCUCACAACUUGCGACAUACUCCCGCUCGCAAGAUCUCUUUUGGCUCCAUCAGCCAACCUCCUCGCAAAUGA